AUGUCACAACAAAUUCAAUUAUCGCAAGAACCGCCACCGGUGAUGACACCAUGCAAUUUCUCACCAUCGCCAGCAUUCCAGUGGUUAUGUGAUGAACUAUUUGUCAAAUUAGAAGAUAUUCAAAGUAAAAGAGACCCUAAAAACAUUGGUAAACCUGUGACUGUACGAUACUAUGAAGUUAUUAAUCAUUUCAUUGCGUUAUGGAGGAAAACUGUGGGUAACGAUAUCUUCCCAGCCCUUAUUCUAAUUUUGCCCUAUCGUGAUAGAAGAUUGUUUAACAUUAGAGAUUAUACCUUAAUUAAGGCCAUUUGUGCGUAUCUGAAAUUACCUAGAAAUUCAUUUACUGAAAAGAGAUUGCUAAGUUGGAAGGCUAGAGCUGGUAAAGGUGUUAAAUUGUCUCAAUUUUGCGUUAAUGAAAUUAAGAAGAGGAAGAGCGAACCAAAGGAUAAAAUUGAAAUAACCAUUGAUCGUUUGAAUGAGUGUCUGGAUAAAUUAGCUGAGGAAAGAAAUAGUAAGGGUCGAGGGUUUAAAAAAUUGGCUGAUUCUCCAACGUUUAAGUUCUGCCUAGAAAACAUGUCAUUUAUUGAAUUACAAUUCUUUUUCGAUAUAUUGUUGAAGAAUAGAGUCAUUGGAGGCCAGGAACAUAAAUUUUUGAACGCUUGGCAUCCUGAUGCUCAAGAUUAUUUAAGUGUGGUAAGCGACCUAAGAACUGUGACAACACGGCUUUGGGACCCUGAAAUUAGAUUACAAAAUAAUGACUUGGUCAUUAACCCAGGAUUUGCAUUCGCACCACAAUUGGCUAAGAAAUUAUCCAUUUCAUAUGAAAAAAUAUGUAUGAAGUUAAAAAAUGAUUUCAUUAUCGAGGAAAAGAUGGAUGGGGAAAGAAUUCAAUUACAUUAUCAAGACUAUGGAGAAAAAUUAAAAUUCUUUAGUAGGCGUGGUACAGAUUAUACAUAUCUGUAUGGUGAGAGUAUACAUGAUGGAUUCAUUGGGAAACAUUUAAAACUGAAUAAAGACGUUAAAGAUUGCAUAUUAGAUGGUGAAAUGAUCACUUAUGAUAAAACCCAAAAUAUGAUUUUACCAUUUGGAUUAGUCAAGAGUAGUGCAAGGAGUAUGUUAACAAAGGAUGGAAUAAUGAAUGAAGGAUAUCAGCCUCUGUUUAUGGUAUUCGAUCUGAUAUUUAUGAACGGGACAUCACUUGCAAAUAUUCCAUUGAAUGUACGGAAGGAGUACCUAAAUGGUAUCUUUACCCCGGAACCUCAUAUCAUAGAGUUACUAUCUUCAUAUCAUAGGUUUAACGAAGAUUCGAUCAGAAAAUCUUUGGAACUUGCAAUUUCUAUGGGGUCGGAAGGUAUAGUUUUGAAGAGAUAUGAUUCCAGAUACACUGUGGCAAGUAGAAAUGACGAUUGGAUCAAAGUGAAACCCGAAUAUCUGGAACAAUUUGGUGAGAAUAUGGAUUUGAUUGUAAUUGGAAGGGAUCCCGGUAAGAAAGAUUCGCUAAUGUGUGGUUUGGCCGUAGUUGAGGAAGAUGAGAAAGCGGACCUCAACGAGAAUAAUGAUGAUAAUGUUAUAAUCUUAGAUGAUGACGAAGAUGCCCCAGUUGAGCAAGAACGAACCAUACACAAAUUUGUUUCAUUUUGUGUCAUUGCAAAUGGACUAUCUCAGGAGGAAUUUAAGCAAAUUGAUAGAAAAACAAGAGGACUAUGGAACCGAUCAGAUGAAAUUCCACCACCAGAUACGUUAUUACAAUUUGGAACAAGGUUGCCCAUUGAAUGGAUUGACCCCAAAAAAUCAGUUGUCAUUGAAGUCAAAGCGAGAUCGAUAGAUGCUGCGGAAUCCAAUGGAAGAAAAUUUGCCACAGGGUGCACUUUAUAUGGUGGAUAUUGUAGAGGAAUACGUGAAGAUAAAGAUUGGCAAACAUGCUAUACGUUGUCGGAAUUUCUUCGAACGAAAAAUGUUAAAUCUAGAAGGAACGGAUCAGACCAGGUUAUACAUGGAGUAAAACGACAAAAGAAAAAUCGGAGGAAGUACAUAUUGGAUCAGUCAUUAGAAGAGGAGGGAGGUCUUUUGAAAAAUACCGCAUUCUUCAGAAAUCUAUACUUCUAUGUUAUCUCAGAUGUCUUUGAUGACGUAUUGGGUACUAGGAUAGAAAAGGAAAGAAUGUAUAAAUACAUACAGGAAGGGGGUGGAACUUUAAUUCAUAAUAUAAUAUCCAAACAGUUUGGAACCAGAAAUUUAAGAAUUAUAUCUGGUAAACUAACGAAUGAAUGCAGCGCUUUGAUUGAAAGAGGAUAUGAUGUUAUAAAUCCACAAUGGAUAGUAGAUUGUGUGCAGAGUAAGUCGCUAUUAAAGUUGGAACCAAAAUAUUGUUUUAACGUAUCUACCGAAUUAAAAAAAUUGACAGAAAAAAGAGUAGAUACUUUUGGAGAUAGUUACGAAGUUCCUAUUACGGAAGAACAACUUUCUACUUUGCUGGAAACUGAGUUGAAUCUGGUUAGAGUGCAGGGUCUUGUCACUCCAUAUGCAGAUGAAGAACUUAUUAAGAUCCCAUUAUUUCUUUUCCAAGAUAGAAUUAUGUUAUUUCCAAAUACGGAAUCAAAAACGAUAAGUUUUCUUCAAGAGAAAAUCAAAUUAUAUGGAGGUAAGUUAACAACUGACAUCGGAAAAUGUAAUCUAAUAAUUCUUCCAAAUGGUAAUCAACAACUUUUACAAAGAACAAGAGAUUUGUUGACAAAGAAUAUUAUGAAUUCUGGGGAAGUUCCAACAAUUCCAUAUAUUGUUAACCCUCUAUGGAUUGAACGAUCUAUUGAAGAAAACUCCCAAGUACCAGAAGAGGAUUAUCCAGUUAUUUAG